AUGUCUGUGACCACGGAUGCAACUCGCCUUCUAGGCAUCCAGCAUCCCAUCUUACUCGCCGGCAUGGGCCGGGUGUCUGGUCCCAAGCUGGCCGCUGCAGUCUCUAACGCGGGCGGGCUCGGAAGUAUCGGUGGAAUCGGGUUCACGCCGCAAGCACUCCGCGAGGCCAUCGCCGAGCUCAAAUCCCUCUUGCGCGAUCCCAACUUGCCCUUCGGUGUGGAUCUACUCAUUCCACAGGUUGGCGGCUCCGCGCGCAAAACCAACUACGACUACACGCGCGGCGCCUUGGACGAGCUGAUCACGGUCAUCAUUGAAGGCGGCGCCAAGUUGUUCAUCUCGGCCGUCGGCAUCCCGCCCAAGCAUGUCGUCGACCGCUUGCACAAUGCGGGGAUCCUCUACAUGAACAUGAUCGGCCACCCCAAGCACGUGCAGAAGGCCUGCGCGGUCGGAGCGGAUCUGAUUUGCGCGCAGGGUGGGGAGGGCGGUGGCCAUACGGGGGAGGUGCCCACCAGUGUAUUGAUCCCGGCCUGCGCGGAUCUCUGCAAGCAGUACCGGAGUCCACUGACGGGCAAGCCGCCGCUAUUGGUGGCAGCGGGAGGCAUUGCCGACGGAAGAGGCGUGGCGAGUGCAUUGAUGCUUGGAGCGUCCGCGGCGUGGGUUGGCACGAGAUUCGUGGUAGCCUCAGAAGCCGGAAGUUCGCAACGAGACAAGGAUUUGAUCGUGGCAGCUAAUGUGGACGCUACUUUGAAGAGCACCAUCUGGACAGGCCGGCCGUUGAGGCAUCUGAAGACACCGUGGACGGAGAACUGGGAACUGCGCAGACGGGAAGAGCUCGAAAAGCUACAGCAGCAGGGAAUUCUCGUCGCCGAUCAUGAGCUGGACAAGCUGGCGAAAGAAGGUAAGCUGACGGAAGAGAUUGAGGAUCAGUCCUACCCUAGGCCGGCCGGAGUGGUAGUUGGAUUGAUAAACAAAGGUGGCCAGACUGCGAAGGAGAUCGUGGACGAGAUGGCGGCCGAGGCCUACACUCUUUUGAAGGGGGCGAGCACGUUCGUUGGUGGACAGGCGAAGUUGUGA